GAAGGGAUAAAAAGGCCGGGUGGAAGCCUUUGCUCUACUCCCUUGGAUUUCGCCGCUUCUCUGUUCUAUUCUGGGGGCUCUGCCGAUUUCGGAGCUUCAGCCGAAGACAUGUCUGGGCGCGGGAAGCAGGGCGGGAAGGCGCGGGCCAAGGCCAAGUCGCGCUCGUCGCGGGCCGGGCUGCAGUUCCCCGUGGGCCGCGUGCACCGGCUGCUGCGCAAGGGCAACUACGCGGAGCGGGUGGGCGCCGGCGCCCCGGUGUACCUGGCGGCCGUGCUGGAGUACCUGACGGCCGAGAUCCUGGAGCUGGCGGGCAACGCGGCCCGCGACAACAAGAAGACGCGCAUCAUCCCCCGCCACCUGCAGCUGGCCAUCCGCAACGACGAGGAGCUCAACAAGCUGCUGGGCAAGGUCACCAUCGCGCAGGGCGGGGUGCUGCCCAACAUCCAGGCCGUGCUGCUGCCCAAGAAGACCGACAGCCACAAGGCCAAGGCCAAGUAAAACCGUGGCAACAAACAACCCAAAGGCUCUUUUCAGAGCCACCCCCAUUUUCCUAAAAAGAGCAGGAACAUCUAAGUAUAAGUACUGGGAUCACUUGUUUCUUUAGAAACUGAUCUUAUGUAACUGGAAACUUGUAUAUAUGGGGAGUUCUUCUAAGCAGCAAUUCUGUAUUUAGUGAACCAGCUCUGUUCUGCAAGUCCCUUCAAUUUUAUUCUCUAACAAGUUACUCAGUACUACUUCUAAAAAUUAAUAAAAGGUGGGGGUGGGGGACAGAAAAAAACAUCCCCGGGCUCCGUCCCUGGGCGCACUGUAAGGUGAAGCCGAGCCCAGCCCGGGCGGGCACCGCGUGGUUUCCGAGGGGAAAAGCCCCGCGCAGCCCCGGGGGCGGGAGGGGGCGUGGCCGGGUCCGGCCAAUCAGGACGGAGCGCGCGACUUUCGAACCCGUGGCGGGAAGGGGCGCUCUGCCUCCUGGGUCGCGCUGGGUUCUUCCCCUUGGCUUUGGUUUGUGUUUUUUUUCCUGCUUGGUUUUUUGGUUUGUUUGUUUUCUUUCUGAAAUUUAUGCAUGCCAUGUACUGCUACUAGGGCUUUCAGGCAACACUGGCAGAUCUGUAAGUUUCUCACCGGGAUGCUAUCCCGCAGCUAACACGGGUUUAGCUUCUAAAGGACAGCGUGGGCUGUUCGAGUACGUGAUAUUGGAAAUACAAUGGAGGUAAUGGGAGGAUCACGAGUUCAUGCAAAAUAGACUAAAGGGUACUUUCCCACACCGCAUAAAUUCCUAUGCACGUUAGGGGAUUGUUAUGUACCUGUCUGGGCUGAAACUGAUGUAUCAGGUCUUGUUGGUCUGCUCUUUUCUGUUUUCUCUUUUCCCCUCCGACAGCGUGGCUGGCUACUAAAGGUGCUCUUGGGUUUAUCUGCAAGUUUUCUCUUCUGAUAUCCUUACGUCGUCUUGGGCCAUUUCUUGUCUUCGCUGCUUUGGGCCUCGCUGCCUUGGCCAGAUUCUUUGCUGCUACUGCCUUCUGUUGGGGCUUGGCAGCUGCACUCAC